GCUGAUCCACUUUUCCUCACCAUAACCAUGGUCCAUCCGCCUCGUCUGUCUACACGUGAGCCUAUGAGUGAACUACAGUUAGCAAUACCGCAGUAGGGAGUCAUGUUAGAGACACGUAUAGUAGAUAUGUGGCAUGUGUUUCUCUCUAUCUCUCAACUAUUCUUUCCGGCGCCCAUCUUCCAUGCCGUCUCAUACUCAUACCCUUGGCUACACCACAACGAACAAACUAUACCUUCAACCAGUGUCUCUUCGCAUCACCACUAUCAACAUGCCCGCGCAACGACCGCGCAUGCCAAAAACCUGGCACAUCGCCACGUUAGCACCGGGUUUCGAUAGCACUCGCCUCUGCUUUCCGAUUCUUGUUGUAAGUUACCCCCUCUUACUCACAGAAAUCUUGAAAACGAGCGAAAGAGUAUCUGACAAGUACGAACAGGCCACCAACGACACCAGCAGCAAAACCCGCAUUUCCUCCCAAAGCGAACUAGACACCCUGCUCAAAACACACUAUGGGGAUGCUGCGUCCGAUAUACAAACUACAACAUCUUCAUCACCACAACGAAACGACAGCGUAGUAGACCUAUCCACUCCAAACGACAAAUCCCCAUCAAAUCCCUUCACGGACGACUACCUCACUCCCUUGUCCUCCCACUUCAUCGACGGGGAGCUCGUAUGCACAGGCGGUCUCGCGGUCGAACAUGCAGAAUCCUCAGAUUCUUCCGAUUCUUCAGACUCUCCAGACUACGCCAAAUGGCUCAAAAGGGAAGAGACUGAAGUAGUAUAUGGAGGCGAUGGGCGUUCUUUUACUGUGAAACUGGGUGCGAGGAAGUGGAGGAAGAGAAAUCGGGUGAAGAAGGCUGUGUCGAGGCUGAGGAGGGGGUUGCUGUUUUUGGCUGCUAUCCGAUAGCUUUUUCCUGUUGGUUGGUUUUCGUGUUUGAGUUAUGCAGUACUAUACCCAAUCGAAUUAUAUCUUUUGUUGAAGAAUGACUGGCGCAGACAAUAAAGUCCCUGGUUGUGAGUGCCUCGUUGCUGUCUUCCCAAGUGGCUAAACCAAGCUGUGGUGGUGAAC